AUGGAGUCGCUGGAAGAAAACGACUCCGAUUUCGAGAAUGACGGGCGGGAUCGGAUGCCGUCUCGGCCAGAGCUGGCGAGCUGGCAGCCUCCAGCCCUUGAAACGGUCGCUGUUCUGGCUCGCCAGUUUGACACGGCGUUCCAGAGCGCGAAUGCGUCAGCGCUCGAAGCUUGCGAACGAGCGCUGGUGGAGCGGGUCCCUCUGCAGUUGCUGCAACAGACCUGGUUGGAAAAGAUAUUUGAUCGGCGAGCGGAUGCCAGUCAUGAGUGGACGUACGCGGACAUACGCUUCGCGUUGCAUUUAGCGUCCGCUGCAGGGCACCUGGAGCAGCGCAUGCUGCGCACGCUUUUCGUAAGCGUGUUGGCAGAGACCGCCUCGGGAGAGGCGCCAGCGUCCGUGGGUCGCACAAGCGUCACAACCAACAUCCCCAGACGGGUAGAAACACGAGCAUUUGCGGCACUGUACCGGCAUGUUGCGGAGGCGCUUUCAAAACCCAGUAUGGACACAGAGGGAAGCUGGCUGACGCUGGUGCAACUGAUUCCACAUAUCGAUGGAGUGUCCGGGUCCGUGACAUCUAUGCAUGUGGAUGCGCUGGCGCUCUGCGUCGCACACGAUGCCUGGAAUCAGGCACUCGAGGUAGUCCUCGCGAGGAUUACCCCUUUCUGGUACAAACCGCCAUCUCCAUUCAUGGUAUCCCUGAGCGACCUGGAGCGCUUUCUCUUCAGCGCGGCAACGACUCACUUCAAAACUGGCAACUAUCGAGCAUCUUGGCGGUUACUGCAUGAAUUCUUGGCACUGCAGUGCACGCGACCAAUGUCGAGGCGCAACGAGGCGGCAGACCCGGAUACCAAACAUCCAUCUCAACGGAUCGCCCCUCUGGAUACCGCAGUGACACUCUGCCGAUGGCAUGAACCGGUGAUGCUAGACUCGAGUCACAUUUGCGAAACCACGGCAGCAAUGCGUAUUCGAGCUGCACAGCGGUACGUAUGUUUGGAGCUUAUUGUCUACGGCACCACGGAAGAGGCACUGCAAUCGAGCCUGCCUAUGGGCUCUGUGGAACGUUCGCCAUCAACGACAGGGCGCUUUCUAGCACGAUAUCGGGCGCUUGCGCAGACCUUCGACGCGUGUAGUGCGGCCGGGUGCAUCGCUCCCUUCGAUGCGUUCGUGCACCUGCAUUUGGACUCUUUUCGAGCUGACACUCACGAGGAAUGGAUUCUGCAGACUCGCCGUGCCCUUGCACGUGUUCUCAUGCUCAGCACUGCGAGCGUCUACAAAACACUACCACUGCGAACGCUCAGUGAGCGCACCGGCUUGUCGCGUUCGGAGAUCGCGCAAGUCAUUCAGGAUCUGCGUUCAGGGCGGUGCUGGAGCCAGAGCGCAGGUGCUUUAUGGACUCGCUGGUUCACAACGCUCGUUACACUGGACGCGAAUGGCGAGCGGGUUUCGUUCAGGCGGCACGCUGAUACAAGGACCGAGUCUGCUGGAGCUGUAGCGGUACCAGGGUCUUGCGGCAUCUACCUGUCCCGUGCGAUGUUGGUGGAUGCUGGAGUGCAUGCAGCGUGUGCAGCAGAUUUCUCCCGCAAAUGCGCUUGGUUUCCCUGA